GGAGGAUUUCACUUGCUCACAUGACACAGAGGACAGGAAGGUACAGGUGCUAAGUAGAUCAGCUGGAUCAUUCAUAUUUCCACUGAGGUCGGUACCAUCACGCACUGAAGAUGACUGCAGCGUUACAGUAAGGGGAAUAGAGAAGAAACACCUUUAAGUGCUUCAGAGACUAGUAACCAUGGAAACAAGAGAUCUCAAACCCAGCCCUCCAGGUCUGGUCUCACAAGAUGAGGGUGGUCUGUGGAUGAAGACAGAUUCCGACCCUGUGACAGGUCCCAGAGACAGCCCAUCGGUAAGCUGUGAUGAGAAGCCCCUAGAUGAAACCAAAGUCACAAUCCCUGCCCUUGCACUGAUGAAUAGGUACUAUAGUGUGAUGGAUGAUGAAGAUGAUAGCUUCACCCCACCGCCUCCUCCAACCUACAAGGCUCCUUUUCUGCCAGGAGAGGGCAGCACAGAUGCAAUGGUGAAUAAUCCCAGUAUGACCCUUGCAAAUUGGGCAGCUGACGCCACAGAAGCUAAAGCUAAUCCAAGAGGCUUAGACUGGCAUCAUGGUGAGAAGCAGUUAAUGGCAGCACACAACAAGGUGGAUGAAGUGAAAACAACUGCAGCACACACUUCUAAGGCAUUUGUGGACAUUGUAGCUCUGUCCAAGGACGAGGAUUCCUCUCUAUCAAAUGAUCAAGACCAAACACUUAUGGAGGACGCAGACAGACUUGUGAAAACAUAUAAUGAUCCACCUGGAAGACACCAUCCAGAUAACACAACAGGAGAUGAGGAAUCAAAUGUGGAACCUGAGGAUGUAGUCAUUUUGAGUGGAGGACAGAAAAACUGGAGGGACACGAAAGUGGAGGGAGACAACUAUCCAACACAGGAACCCUCAAGCUUUGAAAGAAAGUCUGCAAAUGAGACAUUUUUUGACAAAGAGGGAGACAAAACAGCACCUGGAGAUAUUUGUGAUCUUGCCGAGACAGAUCCAAAGCGAACAGCAGAAAAUGCUGGCUGUGACGGUGUAGAGAAAAAUACCACAUUUCUGUCAAGUCUCAGUGUGAAUGAUUACAAUUUUGAGACCGGGGGGUCACCAGAGCUCUGCCAACGUAAUGAAAACAGCACGGAAGCAGCAACCAAUCAGCCACAGGUACGAGACAUCCAAACAGAAGUGUCCAAUGAUGAUAAAGAGAAUGUAGACACCAGAUCUAUGGACUAUAAGCUCACAAAGUAUGACUGGGUGAGAAGAGAGAGUGGCACUAGUGAAACGCAAGUGUCCCAACUCCCCAUCUCUGAACACUCUGACAAGACAGUAAACAAGGGAAUGCAAGGAGAUGGAAAUAGGUCAAUUGCUACUGAUAUUCAACAAGGAGAGCAACUGCUUCAGCGUUUGCAACAGGUGCAACUACGACAGGAUGUUCAUACACCAGAGAACCCUCUUACUUCCCAGCAGGUUGUCCAAGAGAUGAGAGGUGAGAGAAGGGGUCUGCUUGGGACUGAAGAGGAGAAUCUGAAAACAAAAGAGGGAAAUCUGUCAGGUGGAGAUGAGAAAGAAGAGAGCAGAUCUCAUGCUGUUGAUGAUGAGGAAGGAAAGAUGAUCCUGAAUGAGAAGGAAAAGACUGAGAUGAAGAGUAAAGAUACUGAAACAAAAGCAAGGAUAUCCUCAUCAGCAAUGCCUGUGGAGCCAGAGCAUUACAUGAUUGCCAGAGAAGAGGCAGGUGAUGAUGAUCAAAGUGACAGCUGGGUACCUGCAGAUUUGUCUCCAAUUGACCCCCAUGAAACAUCUUCCUCCCAAAUUCCUUUUCCAUGCACCCACCACAGAUUCUCAGCCGCUGAGACUGUCAUUGAGCGGCAGAUCCAUGAGACAGCCCAGGAGAAGCAGAACCUGCAGAGAGCUGGUGGUCUGUUCAACCUUGCAGAUAAUCCAGAUGUGCUAGAGAUCCCCUUUAAGACCAAUAUCUCACUUGAGCCACUUGCUACCACAGUUGCACAUCCGUGCCAGCACAGUGACUGGCAGUUUUCCGAGCACAAGAUGCAGAAGGAGAUAAGUCAGGAGAUUCAGAGAGAACUGGUGCUGGUCAACCAGGGGAAGAUCCCAGGGGGAUACAGCAAAGGGGAAGUCCGUCAAUUAAAGGAGACAAAACUGCUGUUUGAGGCUUUCCAGCAGGAUAACACGGAGGGUCCAACAAGGCACCGGAAAUCCCCUACCUCACUAAGGAAAGGUCACAUUUACCCUUCUGUGCUGGAGCGCACACGAAGCCUAGAAAUGUUUUCACUCAAAAGUCGACCCAUUUCCAGAGCACAUUCCCUCAGGAUGUACAAAUCAACCUCUGAGAUGGAGAAAAGUCCUCAAGACAUAAGAUCAAAGAGUCCAAUUGCCAGUUCUCGAGACAAAACACGUUUAUUGCCCAAUACAAAACAAGACAAACACGUGUGCCUGCACAGAAGCAUGGACUCCAUAAGCACUGAUACAUCAGUUAUGGAGACUGGGAAAAAAUCUAGGCAGGGAAACAAGACGCAAGAAUCUCCCAUCCUCAAGCACAACCCCUUCUACAAGCUGCGACCAUCUCUGGCUCUGCAGCCGGAAGUAGAGAAGGACAUCAGGGAGGCCAAAGAAAGAGAGGAGGAGCUGCGCAGACAGAGAUGGACCCUGUACGGAGAGAACAGGCAGAAUAGUGACGACGGAGAAAAGUCAGCACCAGCACUCGAGCCAGAUGUCAGAAGACAAUCCAGGGGGAAACUGGAACGUGUUUGGCCACCGCCCUCCAAGAAAGACCAGAUGAAAUCUGGGCAUACACAGGAGCCAAAGGUUCACAGAGCAGGAGGUCAAAAGGCUCCUCUGUUUCAACGCUGGGAGUCUGGCCUGGUAAACGGGCAGCCAUCAAAGGAAGAGAACUGAAACUGACCAUCCUGAUGUCUUCAACACUGCAAACAGACUAUUUAUGAUCUGCUACUCUAGAGCUGCACUAGUCCAAGGUUAAUCCAUAUUACUAAUACACUGAAGGUAGUUUCAUUUUAAAUGCUUCCUGGCUCUUCUAGCUCUGCUCUGUAUCUGUGUCAAAUAUGCUUUUUUUUGAUAUCUUUAAAAACUAGUUUUAUUCAGCUCCUAAAUAAAGCAAAAAGAUGUCAUUCUCUCUAUCCUUUUUUCUCUCAAUCAAGUUAUGUAAACCAUGCAGGUUUAC